GAUUCUUCAAAAUUGGUAGAGCUAUGCACCCAUGUGAAACCCAACAAUUCAACAUCUCUCUCAACCACACUACUCUGAAACUUGGUUUUGUUCUACUGAUUUUCAAAGUCAAAAAAUUCUUAUAUAAAAAUUCAAAAAGAAAGCAAUUGAAAAUAGAAUCUCUCUUUUAAACUGUACAACACCCUCCAUAUAAGAUGUCUACACACACGCACACACAUUACCAAUACACAUACACACUUCCAUGACUAACUUUAUCCCUUUUCUCCUCUUUUGUUUUUUUUUUUUUUUUUUUAGUGGCAUAAUUUUUGUUCCAAGUCGGAGAUUUCUAGGCGAAUCUUGUGCAUAAAGUCUUAUGGGGAAGGAAUGCCUAUGGUUUUAGCCGGCGGAUUUACAUAGGAAUUCACUUGUUGGAUACAGCUUCUACGAUUAGUAAACACUUUUCUUGUUUACUUCAAAUUGCUCUGUAUAUAUAUAUAUAUGUAUGUAUGUAUAUAUAUACACAGACUUGUAUACACAUAUAGAGCUAUGUGAAUUGGGGGUUCGGGGACAGCAAAAUUGUCAACAAGAAUGGUUCAUACAGUGUUUACAUGGUGCUAUGGAGGUCGCGAGGUUUUCCUCUGCGGUUCCUUUAGUGGGUGGACUGAGCGCAUACAGAUGAUUUUGGUGGAGGGUUCCUCCAUGAUUUUCCAAGCAAUCCAGGAUCUUCCCCCAGGUUAUCAUCAGUAUAAAUUCUUGGUUGAUGGCGUAUGGCGGUUUGAUGGUCAACAAAUUUGUGUUCCUGAUGAAUAUGGAAGAAUUAAUAAUGUUGUUCUUGUAAACGAACUGGCUUCAUCAUCAAGUAGCAUACAUCCUGAGCUGGUGUUGCCAUGGUCAGAUAACAUGAUAGAUGUCUCUCGUCAUCAUCUAUCCUUGCAUUUGUCAAGUUAUAAAACAUUUGAGUUGAUUCCAAAUUCAGGCAAGGUCAUUGCAUUAGAUGCUAAAGUUGCUAUGGAACAGGCUUGCCAUGUUAUGUACGAAGAGGGACUUGCUGUUGUACCUAUCUGGGAUGACUGCAGCAAACAGAUUUUGGGAAUGCUUACUGCUUCUGACUUCAUUUUGAUAUUUAUGGAGUUACACAGAAAUCGUCCAAUGGUGAUCAAUGAACAACUUGAAAUGCAUACAAUUUCUGCUUGGAAAGAAGUAAAAUUCCAACUUCAUAGAGAAGCUGUUGGGCCAACACAACUGCUGCAUAGAAGACCUUUAAUUCAAGCUGGUCCAGAUGAGUCACUAAAAGAUGUGGCUCUGAGGAUUCUGCAAAAUAAGAUAUCUACAGUUCCUGUUAUCCACUCAAUGCAAGACGGAUCCUGUCCACAGUUGUUACAUAUAGCAUGCCUCUCUGGAAUUUUAAAAUAUAUGUGCAGGCUCUUAAGGCAGCGUCUUGGAAAUCUGCCUCUUCUACAACAACCAAUUGGUACACUUCAUUUGGGUACCUGGAGAGAAGUUGGAAGAAGUGGCCGUGUACUAUUAAGUUUACGUCCCACUGACCCUCUUAGUUCUGCUCUUAAUUUAUUAAUAGAAGGGAAAAUAAGUUCUGUACCAAUUGUUGAUGAUAAAGGAGCCCUGAUAAAUGUGUACUCCCGGAGUGAUAUUACCUCAUUGGCAAAGGGCAAUGUAUACGCUCGUAUUCAGCUUGAUCAGACAAUUAUGUCUCAAGCACUGGAGCUGAUAGAUGAAGCAAACCAUCAUAGGUAUGGUACAUGUACACAUUCUGAUCCCUUGUAUAGGAUCAUGGAGCUCCUUUCAGAUCCAGCGGUGCGGCGUGUUAUUGUCACCAACGCUGGUAGCCAGCGUGUGGAAGGCAUAAUCACAUUAAGAGAUGUGUUUAAUUUUAUUCUAAUCUAAAACGUAGUUGUAAAUUCCCUUACUGACGUUAAGAUUCUGCUUACAUUUUGAAUUUGAAAAAUUAAUAAAUCUUUCUUUAUCAAUUAAUCUUUUAGAUAAUGUCAUUAUAUCAUUUAGGAAAUGGAAGCAAAGGCAAAUGCAAGUAUGUGACUUGUAAAAUAUCAGCGAGGCAAUGCAAAAAGGUCUAGUGCCCAUUGUCUGGAGGGCUAUGAACACUGGACCAACCAUUUCUCUGGUUUUAUUUCUG